UUACCUAACCAUAAUAUGUACAUAUAUUUAGAUGCUAUCAAUCUUCGUUGUUGUCUCAAACUAGGACUGUGUCCCACUGAACUCCACGAGGCCAUCGAGGACGGCUGUGACGAUGACACCGCCACCUGGGGCAUCACGGGAAAGGACGACCUCUGCCCUUUGCCCUCUGACGUCACGGACAUGCUGUGGCGGUACGGGGAUUGUGGGAAGUGCCAGUCCCUGUCCGGAGACUACAGCAGCUGUGGGUACUACUUCAACAGGGGGCAUCUCAACCCGAACUCCAUCAACAACCAGACACGGGACGUGGAGGAGGGGACCUUCAGUCUUCUCAACUCGGCUCCACAGGCCGCCGACUUUAACCAGUGCACGUGGCAGCCGUACGAGUGCGCGGUGGGACUGAUAGCCGAGAAGGUCUUCACCAAGGCCGCGCAGUCCGGAUCUGACGUCAGGAGCAUCUACGUCAUCACCGGAACCAAGCUGGGCCGUGGCCACAAGUGGCUGAAGGGGCGCGCCGCCAUUCCGGACUUCUACUGGAAGGCGGUCUGCUACCCUGGGGACGAGGCCAAGGGCAUCGCACCUUUCGCUUUCGCCUUUUACGGUGCGAACUGUAACUGCACGAAGGUUAAGACGGUAGGGAUAAGUGUCUUCGAGGAGUGGCUGUACCGCGGAAGCGUCUACCCGGAGAGUCGGCUGUUUCCCGGAUCCGUCUGCGAGGGGAAUGUCUCAGUCUGGACGGACGACAACGGGGACAGCUUCGAGACGUUCUUGGAGAAGGUCACUCCGGAAUGCCGGAAGGGCACAGGUGAUCUGGAGACCAGGUGCGCUAAUCCGGAGCGGGAGGCAUGCCAGAAACCAAGUAAGCCUGUAACGCCGCCCGUCAAGCCACCAGGACCACAAGGGGGUUUGCCACCAUCUCCAUCGCUGGGGUCACCGCUCACUUCGGACAUGCCAACUGACGAACUGCCCGCAAAUGUCACCGCCGAGGAUAAAUGCAUCAUGUACAAAGUUUCAGACGAAGCCCCCGUGGAUCGGUGCAUGGAGCGCUGCGCCAAUAACUACCAGUGGUGGCAGGAAUGUUCCAACUUCUUCGUCGGGACGCCAUGGCCGCCAAGCAGUUACAGCUCCACGAGCUCCAGCGCCUCCUGCCCAAUCUGCCAGAUGCAGGCUGACCGCGAGGAGGCGCUGUUCGCCACCAGGUUCCACACGGAGCUCCGGAUUCCGGAGUACACGGCUGACGCAAUAGUCAGGGCCCCCGACGGUCUGGAGGAUCCGCGUGAUGAUGACGGCACGCUGUGGAACAGGGUACAGCUGGGUCUCUGCUCUUCCACCUUCCAUGACCACAUCCGGGACACCUGUGACUUCCCGGAAACCUGGUGGUGGGGCGUGACGAAGGUUUCCUCCCGGUCCUGCAGGCUCAGUUCUUCGCUGUACCUAGAGGAAUGCGGGGACUGUCAGGGUUUAGAUGACAACUAUGACGGUUGCGGAACAUACGCAGACAGGGGACAUCUCAACCCGAACGCCAUCAACAACCGGGACGAGGCUUCGAGGGAAGCUACGUUUAGUUUCAUCAACGUGGCGCCACAGGCUCCACAUUUCAACCGACACGUGUGGGAGAGUUUUGAAGAAAAGGUCCGGUACAAGGCUGAAGAAGUCUACAGGAACGCCGAGGCUGCCGGCUCUGGUCACGUGACGCUCUACGUAAUCACCGGGACCAAGACCGGCCCUGGGAACGAGUGGCUGAAGGGCCGGGUGGCCUUCCCGGAUUACUUCUGGAAGGCCGUGUGCUACCCCGGGGACGAGAGCGCGGGGCUGCGGCCAUUCGGGGUGGGGUUCUACGGGAGGAACGUCAACUUUAUAGAGGUGGAGGACAUGGUGUCGCUGGGUCUGUCUGAGUUCGACUCCUGGCUGUACGAUGGUGGGGAGAAGCACAUCUUCCAGGGCUCUGUCUGCGCCACAGGCGUGGAUAAAUGGGACAUAGAAAAUGAAUAGGA